CGCGUGGCCCACCCCCACCUCUCGCCGACGUCAUUGCGAUCACGUGGUCGCAGGCUAUAUAUUAGCGCGCGAUUGCGUGACACCGGUGUGAGACGCUUCCGCUGGGCUGUCAGUCUAUCUCCAGAGCCAUCCAUACGGGCUGUAAAAUGGCUGAUGCCGUUGUCAUGGGAGUGCCGUUCGACUUGGCUGAAGGCCAGCGAGGAAGCCCACACAUCCCCUACAAUGAGAGCAUCGUGUCCCGCGUGGCGAAUCUGCCCCUGGUGAGCUCGGCGUACGACAUGAUGGCGGCUGCCUACAGCAGCACCAAGGAGAACCACCCGUACGUGAAGUCAGUGUGCGAGGUGGCCGAGCAGGGUGUGCGCACGGUUGCUGGUGUCACCGCCACCACUGUCAAGCCCCUCGUGGACAAGUUGGAGCCUCAGAUUUCCACUGCCAACCAAUACGCUUGCAAAGGGCUCGACAAACUGGAAGAUAAGCUGCCCAUUCUGCAGCACUCCUCUGAAAAGCUGGCAGCCAACGCCAAGGACAUUGUCGCAUCAACUGUCGGGGCCACCAUGGGCACGGUGACUGACAGCAUCACGGGUGCUGUGGACAAGACCAAGGGCGCGGUGAACAACAGCAUGGAGAUGACCAGGGGCGUCGUGUCAGGAGGGAUGGACAUAACCAAGGGGGUGGUUUUGGGAGGUGUGGAGAUGACCAGGGGCAUCGUGUCAGGAGGGAUGGACAUAACCAAGGGGAUGGUUUUGGGAGGGGUAGAGAUGACCAAGGGUGUGGUCAACAGCAGCGUGGAUCUGACCAAGGGGGUGGUGUCGGGCGGGGUGGAGAUGACCAAGAGCGUGGUGUCGGGUGGGGUGAGCACGGUGAUGAACAGCCGCGUGGGGCAGCUGGUGACAGCCGGAGUGGAUACGGCACUCGGCAAGACGGAGGAGUACGUCGACUACUACCUGCCGCCUGCUGAUGCCCCCAACCACGCCGGAGAGGCAGGGGAUGCAGCGCCAGAGAGGCAGCUCAUGGCCGGACAGGACCCUCAGAGCUACUACGUACGAUUUCACUCCCUCUCCGCCAAGGUGCGGCAGCGCCUGUACGUGCAGUCUGUCGAUCGACUGCGCAAGGCCAAGAUACGCAGCCAGGACACCAUCGCGCAGCUCCAACACACGGUCAACCUGAUUGAAUACGCCAAGACACACCUGGACACUGCCAAUCAACUGGUUCAAGAUAAGCUGCAGAGCUCUUGGCAGCAAUGGAAAGGGACCAGCCCGGGUGAAGGCGAGGAAGAGGGUGCGGAGAACGAAUCUAAGUCUGCUGAGUCCAGGACGCUGGCGAUGGCUCGCACCCUGAGCCAGCAGGUGCACAAGUCAUGCGUGUCUCUGGCCACCAACGUCCGCGGUCUCCCACAGAACGUGCAGGACCAGGCGCAGCGCGUCCGCCAAAACGCGGACGCCCUCGUCGCUGCCUUCCGCAGUACCACCUCCUUCAAGGACAUCCCGGCGCAUCUGUUAACCCGCAGCAAGGAACAAAUAUCGCAGCUCAGCAUCUCCAUGGAGGAUGUUGUGGACUACUUGCUUAAUAACACGCCCUUCAACUGGAUGGUAGGUUUCAUCAUCACCCACCAGCUGGAAGAGGGCACCCCGCAAAUCGGGGAAGACGGUGAAUUUGGAUAUCAGUGACCUGCAGUCGGAAAAUGGAGAUGAGGAUGAAGAAGAAGUUGUUAUGGGAAAUGGAUCGGCUGUAUUCGUCCACUGAACAAAAGAAAUCUUGCAGUCUUUGUGUUUGCCAGAGUUUGUCAUUUUAAUUGCCACUUGUGAUAUUUGUGUUUCUUGCAUAAUUUAAAAAUGGAUCGCAUAAUACUCUUUGCGGUUAACGUUGUGACAUGCUUCAGUGUAUGCAAAUAGUUGCAUAAAGUGGAAUGUUUGGCCUUUAUUAGAACGAUCUAAUUUAGGGUUAACAUCAAGAUCGUAUGGAAUGUCUAAAUUGAAUUCAAAAUGGCAAGUCAGAUUUGAAAAACAUUAUGCCAACAUUAUUUUACAUCCUUGUUGCCUUACUGACUGCAAUUUUACUUUAAUUUAUAUCAACAUAGUACUUUUAAUUUGACAGGUUUUUUUUAUCUUUUUGCAAACUAUGCUCACUUAACCUGUGAUCUUGUUGUCGGAAACCGGGUUUUUUCUUUUGUUGUUUCCUUAUGAAUAUAAUUUGUUGGCACUGCCAAUGUUAAAUACUAAAGCUGACCAGUGACUAGCUUUUUGUUUCGAGGGUGAAUGCAUGCUGUCUGUUCAUUGCAUUUUCAAGUUACGUGGGUAUCUUUUUACUUUACAGCCUUUGGUACAAGACUUAAAAGUGGUGUUUAUUAAAAUGUUAAGGGUUAUCACGCAACAUUGUGCAGUGGUAUCUGCGUCUGGUGUUGCACAAUUCAAGUGCCCCAACAUAUAACGUCUGCAAAGGCAGACCUGUGCCAUACAUUGAAAAGUACUACUGAACUCUGGUUUAUGGCUGUUUGUUUUUAUAACUUGUUAACACUGGAACAGAUCUCUUCAUGUGCUGGAUUGAUCCAACUGGAAUGAUUUCGUAUAAGUGCCUUAUUAAAAAAAAAUGUCCUUUGCAUCCUGA